AUUAUGUUGAAUUUUUUUGGGAAUUUUGUUUGUUAUGCUUUCAAUUACAUGUUUCAUGAUUUCUAUAGAUUAUAGGAUUCUAACAAAAAUAACUUUCAUGAUGAUGCAGAAAACUACAAUAGGAUCAACCACAAAAUGAAGCAAAUAAUUAAAUGACAAUGCAUAGAAAUAAAAAAGGAGUAUAACGAUGGAAAAAAUGGAGAAGAAAUUUGGGGAAAGGAGAUCGAAAUAGAGGCCAGAAAAAGCUCAAAUUUGUCUAAUAAUGGUGUUAAAUGCAUAUGGGGAAGAAGAUGGCUUUAUAAAACCCUAAUGUGGCUAUUAGACCCAUUUAACCAGAUCUCACGCUCCUCGGGUGUGUGUAUCACACGCUCCUUUGUUGUGUCUGCCACAUAGGAUGCUAAGUCAGAAAAUGUGUUUAAAAUAUAGUGUUUCAAGGAGUUCAAGAGUUCAGUUGACAAAUGAUUAAGUAAAAGAGUUUAGAAUACAAACUCAUACAAGUAGAAGGGUCCAUCAGACCCUUUUGCCAAAACUAAAUAAUAGAAUCAAACAGAACCAAUAAAAGCACUACACAUAUACCAUAAGUAAUUGCCAUGAUUUAAUUAUAAUAAUUGAUUUUUAAUUUCUGGGUACUUUUCUAUUGAAGUUUCUUGUUGAGCAAGUUGAGAGCUGAGACCAUUUUACCUUUCUCCGGCGAAAUUCAAGUUCUCUACAUUUCUUUCUUUGCCGGAACCCUAAAUUUUAGUGUCUGGUUUUAAGAAUUCACAAUGUCAAGAAGAUAUGACAGCCGCACAACUAUCUUCUCCCCUGAAGGUCGUUUAUAUCAGGUUGAAUAUGCAAUGGAAGCUAUUGGAAAUGCAGGCAGUGCAAUAGGUAUCUUAGCUAAAGAUGGUGUGGUGUUGGUAGGUGAAAAGAAGGUCACUUCAAAGCUUCUCCAGACCUCGACAUCCACCGAGAAGAUGUACAAGAUUGACGACCAUAUUGCCUGUGCUGUGGCUGGAAUGAUGUCAGAUGCCAACAUCCUCAUUAACACUGCGAGGGUUCAAGCUCAACGCUAUACUUUUGCUUAUCAAGAACCAAUGCCUGUUGAACAACUAGUUCAGUCUCUGUGCGACACCAAGCAAGGCUACACACAGUUUGGUGGGCUUCGUCCAUUUGGUGUUUCCUUUCUUUUUGCAGGCUGGGACAAGAACUAUGGCUUUCAACUGUACAUGAGUGAUCCAAGCGGCAAUUAUAGUGGUUGGAAAGCUGCAGCAAUUGGGGCCAACAAUCAACCAGCACAGUCAAUGUUGAAGCAGGACUACAAGGAUGACAUGACAAGAGAGGAAGCUGUUCAACUUGUUUUGAAGGUGCUUAGUAAGACUAUGGAUAGCACUAGUCUUACCUCAGACAAGCUUGAACUGGCAGAGGUAUUCCAUACCAAUGGUAAAGUCAAAUACCAAGUGCACUCACUGGAAUCUGUGAACAAGUUGCUCAUACAGUAUGGAUUAACCCAACCAGAUCCAGAGGCCGCCUAAAACACUUUUCUGACUUUGAGCAUGUUUCAGCUAUCUGAUUACUGGAUAAGCUGUUCACUGACUUGUCCAUAAAUUCAUGCCUAGAUAUUUUCUGUCUUUAUUCACUUCCUUAGAUGGCAAAGUCCGCUGCCUUGUGCUAAUGAGAAAUUGGAAAUACAUUUGGGUACUUUUUGGUGCUUUAGUAA